AUGAGCAACGGCAACGCGCUGUCUCAAUUGCAGCCCACUCAAGUCAGGACUCUACGAGAUGGGUUUCAGAUACUCGACAGGGACAGCGACGGCGUCGUGAAUAGAGAAGAUGUCGCCGACAUGCUGAAUCAGCUUGGCCUGCCCUCCAGCCCUGCCGACGUCUCCCAGUUCUUCCCGCCCUCCGCCCCGCAGACCGUCACGCUCGCCGCCUUCCUCAACUCGAUAGCCACGACCCUGGCGUCGCUGUCGCCGAGCUCCGAGCUGCUGUCCGCGCUGUCGGCCUUCGACGACGACGAUAGCGGGCAGGUGGACCUGGCCGAGCUGCGGGACGCGCUGCUGAACACGGCGCCCGAGCCCGGGGAGCGGCCGCUGACGGCCAUGGAGGUCGACAAGGUCAUGGGCGGCUUCACCGGCCGGCGGGCGUUCAGCAAGAGCAAGCAGGGGGGCCUGGGGAAGAGGGGCGAGGUCUUCAAGUACCAGGACUUUGUGAGCUCGAUCAAUGGGACGAAUGGUGGCUCGGAUGCAGCGUCGGCAGAGCGUUCUGACGAUGCAUGA